AGCGGGGCCUUGUUUGAAUUGUUCAGCGAUGUAAAUGAAGACGUGGAAAUGCGACUGAGCGCGUUUCUGGUGCUCAUGAAAUGUCCGAGCCGUCCUCUGGUCGAGAAAGUGAAAAGCGUGUUCGAAAAGGAGCAGAUAAACCAAGUGCGAUCCUUCGUGUCUGCGUUCAUCGACGAAAUCCGGACCAGCAACGAUCCGGAGAAGGCGAAUUUACGUCAGAUUAUAAAGAGCCAGUUUUUCGAUCCAAAGGCUCAAAAAGACCCGCGACGGUUCUCGAGCUACGUGGAACACGGAAGCUUCUCUCAGGAAACAAACUACGGCAUUCUAGCGGACCAAGUGACGAUUUUCGUCCCUGACAGUCCGUUGCCAGUAUUGCUGUCGUUGAACGUCACGUUGGAUUUGUUCGGCAACGCCGUGAACGUUUUCGAGAUCGGCGGUUCGGUCAAGGGUUUUGACCGCGUGCUCGAGUCUCUGCUUGGUCACCAUGGCUACUUCUCAGACCCAGAAGGCUACUACCUCAAACCAGGAGCACCGCAAACUCACCCAAACCCGUCCAUUGCGAGAAUGACAGCGCUGGUACCAGUCGUUUGCUCUAAAGUUAACUUUUUCAGAACCGCAGUGUAG